GCUUGCGAUAGUGCGUCUGGAUUUAUGCUUGCUUUCAUUACUGGCGAAAUAAGACUCGGGCUAGUGCUGUCGUCGGAGAUCUUUUUAUACUGGGAAGAUCUCACUGGCAGCAAAGGUGGUUCAAGAAUCAAGUCGCCUCCAGUCAUGGUGGUUCUCCGAAUGCCUGCCAUGACUACUGCUGGAUAUUUUUCAAACUCACCUGGUUGAAGAUCACUUUUACUCCUUGCCUAUGCUAUCCGCAUCUACGAUUUCUAGCAUGUCAUAAUUGCGGAGAACACGUGUAUCGCCUGAGAUCUGCUGGCCCCACAAGUCCCCGUCUAGAGUCGCCCUGCACAUCCAGCACACCACCAUCCAAACAUCCUCACCCAUACUCUCAUAAUCCAUGUCAUUCCUCUCUCCGCCCGUCGUAGUCCCCAAUCUCUCCACCUCAGACGUCGACCUCGAAUUACUCGGACGGACCGUCGCAGAACGUGUCGGGACUGAGAUCAAGUCGGUCGAUAUAGCUGGGAAGAGUGAGCUGAGCAGGACGUUCUCGGUGGCGCUAAGAGAUGGAGGGACGGUCAUCGCGCGUAUCUUGAACGCGAAUAUGCCGCCCGUCAUCAUCGAAUCUGAGAUCGCAACCCUGAAAUACGUCCGCGAAAACACGUCCAUCCCAGUCCCGACAGUCUUCUCGUACUCGCUCGAUCCGUCGCAUCCACUCGGUUGUUUUCUGUUCGUGCAGAAGCCCCCCGGAAUCAAACUAGACACGAUCUUCGACGACCUCGCGCCAAGCACACAAGAUACCCUCGUCGCCCAGCUGACCACCUACAUGGUCGAACUAUCGCAUCAUACCUUUCCUUCAAUCGGCAGCCUCCUCCUCUCCUCCGCCACCGCCACAUCCCCGCCCCUCGGCCCCCUCACCCUCCCCUCCUUCCACACCCCCUCCCGCUCCUCCCUCCCCUCUCUCUCCCGGGGCCCCUUCCCUACCGCACGAGCCUACUUCCACGCCUGCGCGCAACGCGAACUCGACUCCGCCCGCGCCCUGUUCACACAAUCCGCAUCAGAUGGAUAUUUGAGGGAGUUGGAGGAGGGGGUGUUGAGGGUUGAGAGAGCCGUGGGGUUGAUUUUGGAGCUGAUUGGUCGGUGUGGGGGGUUGAACGGGGAUGGAGAUGGGGAGGAGGGAAAGGAGGGGGAUGGGGUGUUUACGUUGGAUUUGCAUGAGGUGGGAUUGAGGAGUUUGUGGGUGGAUGAAGAGAAUGAAAUCGUGUGUAUAACCGACUGGCAAUCCAUCGUCACACGCCCGCUCUGGCGCACUGCGCACCUCCCACCCUGGCUCUCCCCCUCUCUCACGUCCCCAUCCCCAUCCACCUCCACCUCCACACCAGACUCACUCACCCGAACACAAAGACUUAUCGCCGUCGUCCGCCGCACGAUCAUCGAUCUCGAAGGUCCCGAUUCCAUCUAUCUUCGUGCGUUGGACAGCGACGACACGCGACACGUAUUGGAUGAGGUGACGGAGUACAAUGCGUUUACGGAUGGGUUCCUCUUAGUCCCCACUUUAGAAAGCAUUCUCGCUACUCUCCCCGACGCCUCCGAGCCAGACAAAACCGGCCUAAUCUCCUCAGUACCCAAUUCCAACUCCGGCCUCUCAUUGACUACACGUCUAAAUCUCCAAAGCCCCAACUUCACAGGCUUUGGAGGGUUAAUGUCUCCGCCUAUGAGUCCUGUGCUGGCGUCCGGAGGUGGUGGGGAGAGGUAUGAGCGGUAUGGAGGAUUUAGGAGGUCUUUGAGGGGUUUGGUGCCAGCUCAAGAGAAGGAGAAGGCGAUGGGUGAUGUAUGAUGCGUUGAUAUAUUGUUGGUGGUGGUUAUGUGAAGUGCUAGGCUAUGGCAUAUUCGUGAGACAAGGCUUGCCAGCCUUUGG